CUCCAGUCCUUUCAAAACCCGAAAAUGACCUUCAGUUACUGUAGCGCUUACUACGACGCUAAUGGCUGGUAACCAAGAUGAUAUGAAGGGUUGUUCUUUCGAAGUUUACGGCAAAGUUCAAGGUGUAUUUUUUAGAAAGUAUGCGGCUGAAUUUGCCAAGGUGAAUGGUCUUGUUGGCUGGAUUAUGAAUACUGAAAGUGGUACUGUGAUAGGCGAAUUCGAAGGAACAAGUGUUGGUGUCGAUGCAUUCAAACAUUGGCUUUGUAACGUUGGAAGCCCUAAGUCGCAAAUCGACAAGUGCCAGUUUAAAAAUGAAAGAAAAAUAUCUCAACUGCAUUUCCAAAGUUUUAAUAUACGUCGUUAAUAAAAAAAUACUUUUUGGCUCAUUUCUCAUACAAUCACCAGAAGCUGACUGGAUUAGUCAUAGGUUGUAUCAACAGACAAUGCUCUUGUAAUUAGCUAGUAUUUUUUGUCUGUGAUCAAAGUGGAAGACAAUUUGUUGAAUAAGAAACUUUGCUUACAAUAAUAUUUAUUAACUGAUAGAUAUGGGUCAACUACUUAAAGCCUGUAAGUUGCAAAUGUCAUAACAAUAUGCUAUCCAAUAUAAAGCAAGAAGAC